AUGACGCUGCUGCACCUCCUGGUCGUCUUCGGGCUCUCGGCGCUGGCCCGCGCCCUGGCGCGCUGCUGCUCCGGGCGGCCGCGGGCCGAGCUCUCCUGGGCCGACUACCUGCGCCGGGCGGCGCCCACAGGCUCCUGGAGAUGCUGCCAGCCCCCCGCACCUGCCUGCGUGAACCGGUGGAGGGACGGAUAUGACCGGCAUCGGCUGGGCAAGGGACCUUCGCCAGGUGCUGGGAUGCCGCCCUGCUGAAGACUGGCGUUACGAGUGUGAGCGGAGCGGGUGUUGCGGGCCCUGGGCUGCAGGACCCCCCGCCUGGGAGCGCGCGGCUGCCGCGGGACAGGCAAGCGGUGGCUGCUGCAGCUCACCCCGUUAAUUCCUCUGCGAAACGUUGCCCAGAAGAGCUUCCCCUCGCCGCUUGAGAGCGACCGUCCUGCGUGCCUGCGCGCAGCUGCACAGCCCCUGCCUGCUGCGGUUGUGACCCCGCUCCCCGGCGAGGCCGCUGAGCGGAGCGGUGCAGCCCUGCUCCUGGGACAUGCCACCCGGGGGACCCUUCUUCGGAGACGCAGGUGCAGCCUGCGAGGCGUCGGCGCAGACGGCUCUCGUGCCGGCAGCGGAGGGCUCGGGACGCCUCUCGUCACGGAUGCGACUCUAGCCUGCUGGGACAGGAGUGCUCUGGCUGCGGGAGGUGAAGAGCAGCAGGGAUGGGGAUGCUCUGCAUGCACCAGUGAGCCCCACGCUGCUCGUGUGGACUUCCCUCCUCCUCCUCUCCAAAGGAUGCCCGUUGCCCGUCCAAAAACUCCUGCCCAUGCAGCCUGCUGGAGUGUGAUGGCGAAGGGUCUGCAGGGCUUCCCGUGGACCGUGCUGCUGCUCUUCUGGGCCGUGCCGCCGCCGGGGGCCCGGGCUGUGCACGCGGAGGUGGGGGGGCCUGGCCUGGGGCAGCCAGGGGACCCCGUGCUGCUGGCCGGCGGCAGAGUGAAGCGUGGCUGGGUGUGGAACCAGUUCUUUGUGGUGGAGGAGUACACGGGCACGGAGCCGCUGUACGUGGGGAAGAUCCACUCGGAUUCGGACGAGGGGGACGGCUCCAUCAAGUACACCAUCUCCGGGGAGGGCGCGGGCACCAUCUUCCUCAUCGACGAAGUCACGGGCGACAUCCACGCCACGGAGCGCCUGGACCGGGAGCAGAAGACCUUCUACACGCUGCGCGCGCAGGCCCGCGACCGGCAGACGGACCGGCUGCUGGAGCCCGAGUCGGAGUUCAUCAUCAAGGUGCAGGACAUCAACGACAGCGAGCCCCGCUUCCUGGGGGGGCCCUACAUCGGCAGCGUGGCCGAGCUCUCCCCCGUCGGCACAUCUGUGAUGCAGGUGAUGGCCUCUGAUGCUGACGACCCCACGUACGGGAGCAGCGCUCGGGUGGUCUACAGCGUGCUGGAGGGCGAGCAGCACUUCACCGUGGACAGUAAAACAGGUGUGAUCCGGACGGCUGUGGCCGACCUGGACCGCGAGACGCAGGACCGGUACGAGGUGGUGAUCCGUGCCACAGACAUGGCGGGACAGCUGGGCGGCCUGUCUGGAUCCACCACGGUCACCAUCGUGGUCACCGACGUCAACGACAAUCCGCCGCGCUUCCCCCAGAAGCUGUACCAGUUCAGCGUCGUGGAAACCGCCCCCGUGGGCACUGCCGUGGGGAGGGUGAAGGCAGAGGACUCGGACGUCGGGGCGAACACGGACAUGACGUACCGGGUGAAGGACGAGGAAGGGGUGGAGAUGUUCAAAGUCACCACGGACAGCGAUACCCAAGAGGCCGUCAUCACGGUACAGAAGCCUCUCGACUACGAGUCGAAGAAGGUGCACACCGUCGUGGUGGAGGCCCUCAACAAAUUCGUGGACCCGCGGUUCGUGGACCUCGGCACCUUCCGGGACCAGACCAUCGUGCGGGUCUCGGUGCUGGAUGUGGACGAGCCCCCCGAGUUCCGGCCCCCCUCCGACCCGAUGGAGGUCCAGGAGGACGCGCACGUCGGCUCUGUCGUGGGGGUGGUCACCGCCCUCGACCCGGACACGGCAAACCACCCCGUCCGAUACGCCAUCGACCGCAGCACGGACGCGGAGAGGAUCUUCGACAUCGAUGCCGACACGGGCGCCAUUGUGACGGGGAAGGUGCUGGACCGGGAGACGGCCGGGUGGCACAACAUCACCGUCCUGGCAAUGGAAGCAGAGAAUCACUCGCAGGUGUCGAGGGCCUCCCUGCGCAUCCGCAUCCUGGACGUCAACGACAACCCGCCCGAGCUGGCCACCCCCUACGAAGCCGCCGUGUGCGAGGACGCCAAGCCGGGCCAGCUCAUCCAGACCAUCAGCGUCGUGGACCGCGACGAGCCCCAGGGCGGCCACCGCUUCUACUUCACCCUGGUGCCCGAGGCCUCCCACAGCCACCACUUUUCCCUGCUGGACGUCAAGGACAACACGGCCGCGGUGCACACGCAAAGAGUGGGCUUCAACCGCCAAGAGCAGGACGUGUAUUUGCUGCCCAUCCUGGUGGUGGACAGCGGCCCCCCGGCCCUCAGCAGCACGGGGACUCUGACCAUCCGCGUGUGCGGCUGCGACAGCAGCGGGGCCAUCCAGUCCUGCAACAGCACGGCCUACGUCAUGUCUGCCACGCUGAGCCCCGGCGCGCUCAUCGCUCUGCUGGUCUGCGUCCUCAUCCUGGUCGAAUCCAGCCGUUUGUCUGUCCAGCCGUGCGUUCAUCCAUCUGCCCCUCCCGUCUCUGGUCAUGCUGCAUGGAAAGGAAGCUCCUGGUCUGCACUGGAGCCCAGGCCCAUCUCUCUCCCACCCAGUAACACAACACAGCUGCUGCUCAUGCUGGUCCUCCUGAUCCUUACGUUGAAGCGGCACCACAAAAGCCACCUGACGCCCGAGGAGGACGAGGACAUGAGGGACAAUGUCAUCAAAUACAAUGACGAAGGGGGCGGCGAGCAGGACACGGAGGCCUACGACAUGUCGGCCCUGCGCAGCCUCUACGACUUCAGCGAGAUCAAAGGCGGCGACGGCGGGGGGGGGCCGGGCGAGGGGGGCCUGGGCGGAAACCUGGCCUCCGAGCUCCACGCGCUCCCGCAGUGGGUGCAGAACCCGGACCUGGACUUCUCCCUCUUCAGGGACUACAUCUGCAAGAAGGUGGAGCAGGCGGACGAGGACGUCUCGGUGCCGCCCUACGACUCCUUCCAGACCUACGCCUUCGAGGGCUCGGACUCCCCCGUCCCCUCCCUCAGCUCCCUCGGCACCUGGUCCAGCGGCUCCGAGCAGGACUUCUCCUACCUGGGGGGCUGGGGGCCGCGCUUCCGGCAGCUGGCCGCGCUCUACGCGGGCCGCAAGGGCGAGGAGGAGGGCGAGGAGUCCUAGCCGCCCGGCCGGGGCCCCCAGCGAGGUGGGGGCGGGUGCCGGGCUGGGCUCCCGCGCGGGGCGGGCGAGCGGUGCCCCGUGGGCAGCGCCCCGCCGGUGGGUGCCCUGCCGCCGCGGAGGGGCCGAGCGCCUCGGUCGCGCCCCUCGCUCGGGGCUCCUCGGCGCGGGCAGGGCUGGCUGGGGCGGUCGCCAGCGUAAUCUCUUUAAUACCAAUCUCCAUUAAAGCACUACACGUUAAUUUAAGAAAGAGAAAAUCUAAUUCAAGAGAGUUCAGAGGGGGUUCCCCCCCCCCCCUGCAAAUUAUCAUUUAAAUAGAUCUGUGCAGUGAGCCCGGUUCAGGGAGGGAAGAGCAGGCCAGGAGCCUUUUGUUGUCCAAAUUGUUUUUGUCACUCGAUUCAGAGCGUUUGAAGUGCUUUGAUUUCAUUAAGAGCUUUCCCUGCUGAGGGAUGCAAGCUUUUCACCUCUCUCCUGUCCCCCCCAUGCUGGCUGGCUCCCCGGGUCCCUGCUCCAUGCGGGUCCCCGGUACGGUGCCGGCAGAGCUGCGCCAGGCCCAGGGGCUCCCACGCCGGUGCUGGCUCCCCGCGGGCUGCAGCAACGCAGGGAGGAGGUGGGACAGGGCAGCACCGGCCGCAGGGCAGGGGACGUCCCGGAGCCCUGGUCCGAGGGGCGAUCCCUCGCCGCCGCCAGCCUGGCGCGCGGGCAGGAUCCCGAGCCCGUCGGCCGGGCACAGGGAGAGCAGUGGCCGGACCGCGGCGGUGCUCGGACUCCCUUUGGCGUCUGCAGCCGGUUGUGCCGCUUCCAGGAGCGAUGGAGGAUGGGAAAUGCAGAGCGGCGGUGCAGGACCGCGGGGGACGUCGGCAGCAGGAGCCCCUCGGCCAGGCGCCUGUGAGCCGGGGUCCCGCGGGCGCUGCCGUGCACGGGGCGUGAGUGAGUUUUGGCUGGUCCCAGGAGGUGCCCAGGCAGCUUCUCGCACCGCCCCGGCCACUGCGGCUCCGUGUCGGGCGACGCUGGGGAAGAUCGGUGAUGUGGUUGAUAAGCAGCCCGUGCAGCCCCCCAUGGCCCGGUGCUUCCUGGGCUCGUCACUGGGUUUGUCCUUGCAGUUUAGCCACGGACAGCGUUUUCCGUCCUCGGGGAGUGUUUAGCUGUAAAUGCCUGUGCAUGUUCGUUUUAUCCUGUUUUGCCUCCCGGCCGCCGGCACUGCUCUCGCCGUGGAGUGGGGCCACGUGGGACGAGCAGGUGAGGCUCCUUCCGUCCUGGCUCGUCCCCACGGCAGCCGCAUCCCUGCUCCGGCCCCUCCGGCACAGGACAAUGCGGCUCGGUGCGGGGCAGGAGCCGCUCAUUUCUCAGGAUCCCUCUGGCUGUCCCCACGGAGGCUGCGGGCGCUCGCCCCGCAUCCUCGCCCCGCGCACAUGCCCUGCAUCCUCGCUCUGCAUCCUCACCCCGCAUCCUCGCCCGGCACUCGUCCCGCAUCCUCACCCCACAUCCUCAUCCCAUUUGCUCGCCCCACGCGCUCGCCCCGCAUCCUCACCCCGCAUCCUUGCCCGGCACUCGUCCCGCAUCCUCAUCCUGCACCUUCACUCCACACUCGCUCCGCGCUCGCCCGCAUUCUCGCCCCGCGAGCGCUCGGUUGGUCACUGUGAUUCCCCGCCGGCGCCGGGAUGCGGCCAGGUGAACCGGCAGCUCUUCGCGGGCGGUCGGGCAUGCGUCGCCGCCCCAGCAAGGCCCCGAACCUGGGCACGGGGAACGGAGAAAGCCCUCUCUUUCCUCAGGAAGGUGUUCGUGUUCCCCCUGGCCGGAGCUGCGCGUCCCCGGCCUUCCCUCUAGCGAAGUGUUGUGCAAUAGCCGGCCCCGUCCCUGGAGAUGGGGCUGACGGUGAGUGCGUGGACCCCCCCGGCCCCGCUGCCCCGCACGGUCCCUCCUGGUCCCCAAGCGAGUGCGGUGUGGGCCGGGGCGCCGCAUCGGCUCUGGGAGCUGGCGACCGCGGGAACGCCCGACGGAGCCGCUUGGGUUUCCUUUCUCUUUCCAGACAAAAUCAGGAGGUUGACUUCCCCACCCUUGUUAUUUUUUUCGAGGUCUUUCUAGGACCCGGAAAUAAAUUAUUUCCUUGUCGUCUA